CCGGGUAGCACCAAUUUAACCCAAAUUUAUGGAAUGCCAGGAAAGAGUUGAAGUUCCCGUCUUCACAGCGGUGGAGAAGGAGGUUUUUACACGACAAAUUUAUCCUCUGCGGAGACCAGCGGUGCUAAAAGACGUACCAUUAGGUCCGUGCUUGGAGAAAUGGACUGUGGAUUACUUAGCACAAAAGGGAGGCGACCGGGACGUGAAGGUCCACGUCUCCUCAGCACCUCAGAUGGACUUCCUUCACAAGAACUUUAUCUACAGGACUUUACCAUUCGACAAGUUUGUUCAAAGGGCUGCAGAAGUCAAGCACUCAGAUUUCUUUAUCAGUGAGGAUGAGAGCUAUUAUCUGCGCUCACUUGGAGAGGAUGCUCGCAAGGAGCCGGCCGACCUGAGGAAACAGUUCCCGGAGUUGGCAGAGGACUUCCACAUCCCCCCAUUCUUUGAGCCUGAACAGUUCUUCUCCAGUGUGUUUCGUAUCAGCUCUCCAGGAUUACAGCUAUGGACACAUUAUGAUGUGAUGGAUAACUUGCUGGCUCAGGUGACAGGAAGGAAACGUGUGGUUUUGUUCAGCCCUCAGGAUGCUCUGCACUUAUAUCUCUCUGGAGACAAGUCUGAGAUUCUGGACAUUGACGAUCCAGACCUGCAGCGAUACCCUGAGUUUGGGAAAGCUCAGAGAUAUGAAUGCAUAUUAGAAGCGGGAGACCUCCUCUUCAUCCCCGCCCUGUGGUUUCAUAACACUCUGGCUCUGCAGUUCGGUGUGGGUGUGAAUGUGUUCUGGCGCCACCUCCCGACCGAGUGCUACGAUAAGAAAGACCCGUACGGGAAUAAGGACCCGGUGGCGGCCACACGGGCCAUGCAGGCUCUGGAGCGGGCUUUGGGCAUCAUGGACGAGCUGCCAGCGGACUACCAGGACUUCUACGCGCGUCGCAUGGUGUUACGCAUUCAGAGUCGCGCAUACUCCUCCCGGCCUGUAGAGGGAGCUCAUGGGCACUCCCACUGUAAAAGUGCACUGUCUCAACCAGACUGACUUGGUGAAGACAACAGGACUGAAGAGGAAUUGAAUUUCUGUUUGGUAUGAGCUGGAGGAUUUGAGGAUGACAGGGAUGUAAAGUUAAAGCUGUUUGAUUUCCUUUGUCCCCGA